GGGCUAUAGGAAGUGUUUCAUGAUCUGAGAUAAGACAGACCCUCACUUCCUCCUUCUGCGCUCACAGGGCUGAGCUGCUGUCGCUGCUGCGCUGUCUGCCCCACUGCCCGCUCACAAAAUGGACCAGGAGACCCUGGGGAGCGUCGUCCUGCUCGCCAUUGUCACCUUGAUCAGCGUCAUCCAGAACGCUUUUUUUGCCAGCAAACUGGAACAUGAGAGUAAACACUGCAAUGGCAAAGGGAUCCAGCGGCCAGGCUCCUCUGCCUUUGAACGCGUUUACACUGCCAAUCAAAACUGUGGGCACACGUACCCUACGUUUCUCGCCGUGCUUUGGUGCGCUGGGCUUCUCUGCAGCCAAGCACCUGCCGCCUUUGCUGGCCUGAUGUACUUGUUUGUGAGGCAGAAGUACUUUGUGGGCUACCUGGGAGAGAGGACCCAGAGCACUCCUGGGUACUUGUUUGGGAAGCGUAUCAUUUUGUUCCUGUUCCUCAUGUCUGUGGCCGGGAUACUCAACUACUAUCUUAUCUACUUCUUUGGAAGUGACUUCGAAAUUCACAUAAAGACGAUAACCAGCGCCAUCUCACCACUGCUUCUCAUUCCCUAGCUCCCCGCCGUGCCCAGGGGUCAGCCUGCUUCACAUAUCAAUAUCCAGAAGCAGCUAUAAUUCAGCUGUUUAAGAAAUAAACCUAUAACCCUUUCAAAUUGCUGUAAAUCUAAUGCUCAGUGGGCUUUGUAGUUUGAUUUAACCUUGCUUUUUCCUUCAGGAAAAAGAUUUAUUGUGAGCACUCAGCAUGCUCAAGGAACGGUAACAACUUCCAGUUAAUUCAUCAGAGUUUUUUCAUUAAACUGCAUCUUGAAAGCCAGUUGCAUGACCGUAAGGGACAUUUUAUGCUUUCAUUGUAACUAUUUUCCUUAGCGCUUGUGAUGAAAGCCAGGAGCCUCUGAGCCUCAUCCCUGAAGGAUGUGCAGCCAUGACCUCGUCCUGAAGCAGGCUUUCACCGUCACCCUGCACCCAUCUGCCCAAGCAAAUGCACAGGGCAGCCUCUUCUCCCAUCCUUUCCCUUGCAUUUGUUGGUGAUUGAGUGCAGGACAGCAGGCUGGCCCCUGUCUGGUUUUCCUUGAUCAAUAUUCAUGUGUGUAAUGCUCCCAGCACUGAUCUCAUCCACACCUCAGCCUGGCUAUCCUCCCAGAGCUGUGGAAAGGGGCCUUGCAUCAAGGAGGAUCUGGUAAAUUGACAGCAAGAUUGGUUUUGUUUUGCUUUGCUUAAUAAAACACCCUGAAAGGACGAAA